AUGCCUCGUCAUCCGGGAGAUGAUGCGGAUGCAGCACAAUUGGCGGCCCUUGGGCAUAAAGCGGAACUCAAUCGUAACUUCUCUCCAUUGGCAAUGCUAGGUCUUGCCUUUGCAAUAUUGAACUCUUGGACAGCACUUUCAGCCAGUCUGUCGCUAGCGCUUCCUAGUGGUGGGUCAACAUCGGUAUUAUGGGGCUUGAUCACCGCUGGUAUCUGCAAUCUUUCUCUGGCAGUAUCCCUUGCUGAAUUUCUGUCCGCGUAUCCGACAGCGGGUGGCCAAUAUCACUGGGUUGCUGUAAUCACACCCAAAAAAUGGAUGGCAUUACUCAGCUGGAUCACGGGUUGGAUCAACGUUAGCGGAUGGAUUGCACUCGUUGCCAGCGGUGGACUCUUAGGUUCUCAACUAAUCUUGGGAACAAUAUCCCUAUGGAAUCCAAAUUUCGUUUCUCAGCGCUGGCACGCCUUUUUGAUUUACCUGGGAUACAACAUCGUAUCAUUCCUCGUGAACGCAUUCAUGACAGGACUUCUUCCAUUGAUCACAAAAUCAGCUUUGAUCUGGUCAAUUACCGGCUUUGCAGUAAUCUCCAUCACGAUCCUCGCUUGCGCGUCCCCAAACUACUCAUCAGCUUCAUUCGUCUUCACUGAAUUCAGAAACGACACUGGAUGGCCGAAUGGAAUCGCAUGGCUGCUUGGUUUGCUUCAAGCGGGUCUAGGCUUGACGGGAUUCGACGCAGUGGCACAUAUGAUCGAGGAAAUACCCAAUCCCGCUGUCGAAGGUCCAAAGAUCAUGAUCGCAUGUGUGGGAAUAGGAAUCGGUACUGGUUUCAUCUUCCUGACGAUUCUGCUUUUUGUUGCUGGGCAGAUGGAUGGGCCAGAUGGUGUUCUUUCUUCUACGGCCGGUCCGCUUCUUCAAAUUCUUUAUAAUGCGACAGGAAGCAAGGCUGGUGCGACGUGUCUCUUGUUAUUCCCUCUAGUAUGUCUCAUGUUCGCGACAAUCGGCAUCACAUCAACAUCGAGUCGAAUGACCUACGCAUUCGCGAGAGACAGAGGUCUCCCAUACUCACGCUUUUUUGCGAAAGUCCACGCGACACUUGACUUACCACUCAACGCACUCUAUCUAACGCAAGUGCUAGUCGUCAUAUUCGGAUUGAUUCUGCUUGGGUCCAGCGCGGCGUUGAAUGCCAUCAUUUCGGCCUCGGUCGUUGCUCUUGGCGUCUCUUAUGGUAUCCCGAUUGCUAUUAAUUGUCUGCAAGGCAGGAGAAAAUUGCCGGCUUCCAGACCCUUUCGACUACCUUCCUGGCUGGGCUGGAUUGCUAACUUGAUCGGUCUCGCGUAUGUGAUUGUAACAACAGUCCUAUUCUUAUUCCCUCCAGAAUUACCAGUCACGGGUUCAAACAUGAAUUACUGCGUCGUGGUCUUCUUUAUCAUCCUUGUCAUAUCAGUCGUACAAUGGUUCGUCGACGGUCGAAAGAAUUUCACCGGCCCGCAGGUCAACGUCGAUGAAUUGCAAGCUGGAGUCGUCGCCGGUAUGGAUCCUGUGAUGAGCUCGACACAGAGACAGGAUUUGUCGUCGGAUGAUGGGAAGGAGUUGAAGUAG